UCCUUUGGUUUGGGUUGGUCCUGGCGGCUGUUCGUCUAGAGCGCGCGGUAGGUUUUUGCGACGGUAAAAAUAUUGUAUGUACGGGCAAUCCAACGGCCCAGAGCAGCCGGUUUUACCAAAGUGCAAUCGCUUCUCUCCAACCCUGCCUCCCGAAGGCUGCAGCCAUGCGGCGGCACUACGCCGAGCUCCUCCGCCGCGCCGCCUCGCUGCCGUCUCUCUCGCUGGUGGCCUCCCUCCACGCCGCCGCGCUCCGCCGAGGCGCGGUCCUCGUCCCCUCGCUCAUCCACGCCUAUUCCGCCUGCGGCGACCCAGCCUCCGCGCUCAGCGUGUUCGACGGAUUGCCCGCACAGGAGCGGACGCUCUCUGCGCGCACCGCGCUGGCCAGCGCCAUGUCCGCGCACGGCAGGUGCCGGGAUGUGCUCGGCCUGUUCCGCGGACGGGAGGGGGAGAUGGACGACAAGGCGGUGACGGUGGUCCUCGCCGCGUGCGCUAGGGCCGGGAUGGUCAGUGAGGGGAGGGAAGUCUUCGCGAGGGUCAGGAGGCCAGCAUUGCAGCACUACACGUGCAUGGUGGAGAUGCUCGGACGUGCCGGGGAGGUCGAGGAGGCAGAGGGGCUGCUGGCGCGGAUGGAGGCACGCCCGGACAGGGUCAUCUGCAUGGUGCUGCUCGCCUCGUGCCGGGCGCAUGGCCGUGUCGAUGUGGCUGAGAGAGUGGCUAGGUUGAUGAGCGAGUAUGGCAUUGUAUGAAUUUUGGCAUAUUGAUCAGUUGACAAACUGGCCAUUGUGUUAGGCUGUUAGCCCAAAAUCAGUGAUCAAAACCAUUGUGUUAUGGAGCUGAUAACACAUAGUUUGGUUGACGGCAAGGGUGGUUCCUGAAGUUCAUGCAGUAAUGCAGUACAACACAAGCACCUGGUCGGUGAGAUCUGAAUUUUGUAGAAGUCUAUGUUGCAGUGGACGAACCACAUGAGCGCCAGCACACUUCACUGCUUGAACAGCACAAUUCGAAGGCAUCUAUCAGAUUGCUAUAAAAUGAGUAACGUCGGUACUAUAGACCAUCUGCAGUGGAAUGCCCGUCAGUUUCUCAGUUGUCGACUUCUAAGCUCUCUGAUUAGCUUGAUGAUGGGUGUACAUUUCUGGACUGUAAGCUGUCAAGCUUAAUGGAGCCCGGCAGUCCGUAAUGCAACACAAAGAGAAGUCGCCAAAGUUAAUAGUCGAACCUGUCAGCAGUUUCGAUCAAAUUUUGUCGAAGCUGGAUGUGGUGGGAACUAUCAAAAUACAGGAAGUCUGCUUACUGAGUUUUCGCUGUUUUGCAUCUUUCAUCACAAAGUUGCAAAUCCGGUAACCUAUAAAACGAGGCGUUGUCUAUUUUUUAGGUGAAUCUAAGAAAUGGAGCUGUGAUUUUCAAGAACCUGCUGUGAGAUCUGCUAGGAUUCAGUUGCAGAGUUCUGACAUUUUCUCACGAUGGAGACUGUACCUCCUGCUAUGGUUUCAGUUCGCCGAGCAUAGAACAUCUGCCAAAUGGUUAGUCUCUUCUCUACUGUGUCCGCUGCCACAGCAAUCACCGCAUCUUAUUCUGAACAUAUGUGCAAUGAUGCUUGAGCAAAUUAGCUCUCUGAUGUAAACCCUCACGUUGAUGCAAAAACAUCCAUCAUGCACGCGACACGUGGGCGCGAGGGAAUGCCGAGUUGGGCAUUGCUGGCAACAGACAAAACAAGUUCAACCUGGUUGGGAAACUAGCAGGAGAAAUUGAAGUGUCACUGCAUUUUCAUGUACAACCACGAGCAGCUUGUGGCUGUCGGAGCAGCCCUUCCCUGUGCCAGACACUUGCUACACCGGUGCCGACAGACAGAUGGAGACGAUGGAUGAACGAGCAACCGGUGGCUGGCAGCCAAGGCAAGGAAGACCAUCCAGCGGCAUCGUCGGAGGAAAUACUGACCGUGAACUCAUCCGUCAUGGCGUUCUCCUGAUCUGCGGAAUGUACCGAUGGAUUCCGAUCCCCUUGUCGCAGGUGCCGUUUGCUCGACGGCUGUCUGCCAAGAAGAGCACGGCCGUUGCUUUCGGUUUGCCGACUGGGGCUGGAGUGCAGGGCGUGCAAAGGUCCAAACUGAGCGCUGCCGUGCCAAGCUACGGUUAGCGUUGCUUUCACCCUUGGUCUCUUCGUGUUUAUCUGAUUGCACUGCAAUGCCGCAUGCAUCCGGUGUUUGUCUACUUCCGUGUCUUUCUUUUGCUGGCUGUCGACAAGUCAUGUAUUUUGCCUUUCCGAACUGAAGUCGAAUUACCUUGCACGCAAGGAGCGUGGAAUUCAGUCUGUAUAUUUUCUUGAUUUUCCUGAUAUAGUAAU